AUGGAAUCCAAGAGUCGGAAUUGUGCUUCUUGUACCCGUCAUGGUCGGAAGUGUGAAAAACGAUUUCAUAGCGAUAAGGAGUGGCGUGAUCUUAAUCGCGAGCAAGAUCGUAUUGAAAAAGAGAUUCAUGAGGCAGAGGAAGCUUCUGCCAAAAUAUUUGCGAAAUUAAUGCGUCUUCGUCGUCAACAGCAAUUUCUCAAGGAGCGUGGUGGUCGUAUGUUGGAGCAUGAUUCUAAUCUUAUGGAGCGGUUGGAUGAGGAGGAUCCCUUGAGUGCUGAGGAUCUCCAAGAGCUUGAGCGUCUUGCUGAUGAGCAAGAGGCUGCUCAACUUGCUGCUGUGUCAAACGAUCCUAGUUUGACUCAGAUGAUGAAUUCUCCUUCCUUCUGGGAGAACUUCGAUUCUGCUGUCGCUGGUGGUAUUCCUUCACCAGUUGGUGGCAACCAGUCAAGUUCGCGAUAG